AUGGGAAAUCAUUUUUACGCUCCCGGACAACAGCGAGAGGUAUUGCACGGUGACGACCAAUACUAUGAAGACGCCGCAAUACUCUUCUAUGGACAAGCAGCUGUCUGCGAUAGGUGUUACGAUGACUAUAUUCGUCUAAGAUAUAAACACCCUGAACCUUUCGUAUUGAGAUAUUUAAGGGAGCAAGAAGAAGAAGACUCAAGGGAAUAUCAAGAUAGCGGCUAUAAUACCAUGUCCGAUAAUAGCUACGGCACUGAUAAAUCUAGUAAUGCAAAAUAUCCCGAUAAUGAAAUUUUGAGAGAAA